GACCAUGGGGAAGCUGGUGGUGCUGACCCUGCUGGGGGCUGCCCUGGCCCUAAUCGGGGAGAGAUUAGUGGCGUUUAGACAAAGAGUUAAUGCAUCUCGAGAAGUGGAGCCAGUAGAACCCCAGGACUGCCACCUUGUUGAGGGACUUGAACAUGGCUCUGAAGAUAUUGAUGUACUUCCUAGUGGGCUGGCUUUUAUCUCCAGUGGAUUGAGAUAUCCGGGCAUGCCAGACUUGGCACCAGAUGAGCUAGGGAAAAUCUUCUUGAUGGAUCUGAAUGAGCAAAACCCAAAGGUCCAGGCGCUAAAGAUGAGUGAUGAUUUUGACAAAGCAUCAUUCAAUCCACAUGGAAUCAGCACUUUCAUUGACAAAGACCACACUGUGUAUCUUUAUGUUGUGAAUCAUCCCGACUUGAAGUCCACUGUGGAGAUAUUUAAAUUUGAGGAACAACAACGUUCCCUGAUACACUUGAAAACUAUACAACACGAACUUCUCAAAAGUGUGAAUGACAUUGUGGUUGUUGGACCAGAACAGUUCUACGCCACCAGAGACCGCUAUUCUACCAACUUCUUCUUGGCACUAUUUUUUGAGAUGGUCAUGGAUCUUCACUGGACGUAUGUUCUUUUCUAUAGUCCAAGAGAGGUCAAAGUGGUGGCCAAAGGAUUUAGUUCUGCCAAUGGCAUCACAAUCUCACCAGAUAAGAAGUAUAUCUAUGUAGCUGAUGUAAUGGAUAAGAACAUUCAUGUAAUGAAAAAACAUGAUAACUGGGAUUUAACUCCACUGAAGGUAAUACAGUUGGGUACCUUAGUGGAUAACCUAAGUGUUGAUCCUGACACGGGAGAUAUUUGGGCAGGAUGCCAUCCUAAUGUCAUGAAGCUGCUGAUGUAUAACCCUCAGGAUCCUCCAGGGUCAGAGGUGCUUCGCAUCCAGAAUGUUUUGUCUGACCAGCCCAGGAUAGGUACCGAGUAUGCCAAUAAUGGCUCUGUGCUUCAGGGCAGCUCUGUGGCUGUUGUGUACCACGGGAAACUUCUCAUAGGCACUGUGUUUCACAAAGCUGUGUACUGUGUGCUCUAGACUCCAGAUAUUUCAAAAAGUCUACAUAUCUGGUAAAAGAAAAUCCCUAAUUAUAUCAUAAGCAGAACCGUAAAUAAAUGACGAAC